AUGGCUUCCAUGAGCUCUCAAAGAGCCCGUGCAUCAUCAUCUUCUUUUUCUUCAACACCUCAAUGGAAACACGAUGUUUUCCUUAGUUUUUAUGGCAAGGACACCCGUAAGAAUUUUACAGACCAUUUAUAUGUUGCUUUGAAACACAAAGGUAUUAAUGUUUUUAGGGAUGAAGAAAAACUUGAGGACGGAACAUUCAUUACUCAAGAGCUUAUGAAAGCAAUAGAAGAAUCUAAGUAUGCAAUUAUCGUUCUCUCAAAAAACUAUGCCCUUUCGAAGUGGUGCUUGAAUGAACUUGUCAAGAUUCUAAAUUGCAACAAAGAGAAGGGGCUGAAAGUUAUAGUCGUUUUCUAUCAUGUAGAGCCAUCUGAUGUAAGGAAUCACAGGGGGACUUUUGAGGAAGCCUUCCUUAAGCAUAAAGGAAAUCCCAAGGUUAGCAUAAACGAUAUAGAGAGGUGGAAAGAUGCUUUGAAUGAAGUGGGCUAUAUGAAAGGGAGGACUGUAUUUGAUAGAUAUGAAUCGAAGGUUGUCCAAGAAAUCACUGAAAAAAUAUUUAAUGAAUUGAAUAGUGAAUUACCAAUUGAUUUUAAGGACCUUGUUGGAAUAGAAUCCCGUGUGGAUCAAAUCAUGAACUUAUUAUUUGGUACAGAGUUGGAUGAUGUUUGCUUUAUAGGGAUUUGGGGGAUGGCUGGGAUUGGUAAGACCACUCUGGCAUAUGUUGUUUAUGAUAGAAUUCAGGGGGAAUUUGACGGAAGCAGCUUUAUUUGUAAUGUUAGAGAAAUGGCUAAAAAGCAUGAUCUAGUUUAUUUACAACAACAACUUCUUUCUGAGACCCUUAUGGAAAGACAAGUAAACAUACGGAACAUUCACAUGGGAAUCCAAGUGAUAAGGAGGGCAUCACUAAAUAAAAAGCUUCUUAUAAUUAUUGAUGAUGUUGAUGAGUAUGAACAGCUACAAGCUUUAGCAGGGUGCCGUGGUUGGUUUGGUCCAGGGAGUAGGAUCAUUAUAACAAGUAGAGAUAAGCAGCUGCUGAAAAGACAUGAAGUUGAUAUAUAUACGGCAAAGGGACUAAAUAAUGAUGAAGCCUUGGAGCUCUUUAGUUGGAAAGCCUUCAAGAAACCUUAUCCUGAAGAAAAUUAUUUGGAAUUGUCUAAUGAUUUUGUGAAGUAUGCUAAAGGACUUCCUUUAGCUCUUGAAGUUUUGGGUUCCUCCUUGUUUGGUAGAAGUAUAGAUGCAUGGAAAAGUUCUCGGGAUAAACUAAAAGCAAAUCCUAAAAGAAAAAUUUUGGAUACACUUAAAAUAGGUUUUGAUGGACUAGAGGAUAUGCAUAAAAAUCUAUUUUUGGAUAUUGCUUGUUUCUUUAAAGGAGAGGAUAAAAAUCUACUAGCAGAUAUACUAACAGAUUAUGAUUACUAUAUGGGAAUAGAAACUCUCUGGGACAGAUCUCUUAUUUCCAUUUUUGGGGGAAAAUUGUUGAUACAUGAUUUGUUAGAAGAAAUGGGCUGGGAAAUUGUUUGUUGUGAAUCAAAAGAGCUCGGAAGACGCAGUAGGUUGUUCUUUUGUGAGGAUGUACUUCAUGUAUUGAAGAAUGAAACAGGAACAGAAUUAGUUGAAGGCUUGAAGCUGAGCUUACCUCCACAUGAAAGAGAACAAUUGAGUGCUGAAACCUUCUCAAUGAUGAGAAAGCUAAGAUUGCUUAUAAUCCAUAAUGUAAACCUUCCUCAAGGUCAAAAUUAUCUUUCUAAUGAGUUGCGUUUGCUUCAAUGGACUGGGUAUCCUUUGAAAUCCUUGCCAGAGAGUUUUCAACCGAAGAAGCUUGUUGAACUCAUUAUGCAUCAUAGCUGCAUUGAGCAACUACCAGAGGGAUUCUGUAACUUACCAGAACUAAAGCUCAUCGACCUUAGCGACUCUCAAUACUUAAUAGCAACUCCUAACUUCAUUGGAUUUUUAAAACUGGAGAGGCUAAUUUUUCAAGGUUGUAUCAGAUUGUGUGAGCUUCACCCAUCUGUUGGUGCUCUCAAACACCUUACUUUGUUAAAUCUGAAAGAGUGCAAGAGUCUCAAUAGCCUUCCAAGCGAGAUCAAUCUGGAAUCUCUUGAAAUUUUUAUUUUAUCUGGUUGUUCAAGACUGAAGAAAUUUUCAGAGAUUGGAACAAAUAUGACUUGCCUAUCUGAGCUUUAUUUGGAUGGGGCUGCCAUAGAAGAACUACCAGUAUCAAUUGAGCAUUUGACCGGUCUGACUUUGUUGAGUCUUCAAGACUGCAACAACUUUGGGAGUUUUCCAAACGUCAAAUUGCCAUCUCUUCGUACUCUUAAUCUCACAGGAUGUAAGGGUCAACCAUCUAAAUCCUCGCAUUCACAUCGACUCUCCCUUAUCCGGCCUACAAAUACAUUAGAAACAGAUUAUUUCUCCCCUACCCUGUAUCCUAAUCAAGAGCCCAUCCACUUCUUGUUGCCUAGGUUAUCUGGAUUAGGCUUCAUAGUACGGUUAAAUCUAAGUGAUUGCAAUUUAUCAGACGGAGCACUACCCGAUGAUCUUAGUUGCUUAGUCUCGUUGCAGUAUCUGGUUUUGAACAAAAACAAAUUUACACGCCUACCUGAUAGCAUUUCUCAAAUUUUUAAGCUUACAUUUCUUGAGCUGAAUGACUGUAGUAGGCUUCAAUCAUUGCCAAUUCUUCCGUCAAGAAGUGUAUUUGUCUAUGCAAAAGGAUGCACCUCACUGGAAACUUAUUCAAGUGAAUAUAUUCCAUGGAAUACGGAAAGAGGAUUUUGUUUUUUUAAUUGCUUCGACAAAAGCGCUUUCUCUUAUAUAUUUUCUUCAUACUCUUACGGUGCCACAUUGUGGAAUCAAUUUGUGGAGAAAAUUGGUUCAAAUCUAACGACUAACUGCCUCUAUAAAUCUACGAGGUCUCAAAUUCCAGAGGGUUUCAGCAAUAAGAGCACUGGGUCAUCUGUUACAAUCCCACUACCUUGUCUUGGAGGUUCUCCCCUAGUCUUUGACUUCCAGCAGAUAUUUCCAUCCAUUUCCAGUUCUUUUGAAUUCCAUGCAUUUCUAAGUGCUGAGGAUCUAAGAGAACAUUUAGAGGGUUGCAGUCACGUUAGCGCUUCGAUUGAAAGUGACCACCUUGAUAUUGAGAUCCAAAUGUUUGGUGCACGUAUAUUGUACGAGCAAGAUCUGAUAGACUUUCCACAAGUUUUAUAUGGCGGGACCUUUAAACUUCCUGGAAGUUGUGCAAAAUAUCAACCGCAGGUUGCAUCAUUUCAAAGAGACUUGAACAUCAAGCUAAAAAGAAAGCUUGAGUCAUUACUUUUUAGAUUGUAUCUGCAGGGAGACAGGGUACGAAACCACAAAUAUGAUUAUAUCUUUCCUUGUAUCAAAAUUCCAGCCUGGUUCAGAAAUCAAAGUUUUUGUUCCGACAUAAGAAUGAAGUUGCCUGCAAAUUUGCAGGAAGAAAAGAGAUUGAUGGGAAUUGCUGUAUGUGCUUAUUAUACUGUCAACAAACAACUAGUUGGUUACAGUGAAAAUCAGGAUUUAACAAGUUUUCUCAACUUUUAUCAUCCCUUAUCUAGUAAUGAAGUUCUAACACGUCACAAAGUCUUUCAGGACUCCAAAGACAUUUUUGUUGGCUCAUCAUGUCGAAUUUUGGUGUUUUACUUACCCCACAUGUUCUUUGGGUUGAAAGGGUGUGCCUACAUUGAGGCUUCAUUUGAACACAAUAACUCAGGUGUGCGGGUUAAAGAGUGCGGAAUCCGCCUUGUAUAUGAGCAAGAUGUUGAAGAGUUUGUGCAAAUAUUAGUCAAGUGCAUGUUACAAAGUCCAGAGGCCUAUCACAACUUUUAUUACCAAAAUCUUGUAGAUCAAGUUCGGAAAAUGAUGGAAGGCUUUGACAUUAAUGAAAAGGAUUCUAGUUCCUAUUCGUCAUUGCAAAGGUUAAAAUUCACUUGA